GACCUCCAGUUGGAAGUUUAAGUUUUCAGUCGACUGGUGGCGAAUCGAGCGAACGGUCAACUAGGAAAAUGUUUACCAGCCGAGGAGUCCUUGUGCUGGGCGUGUUGCUGCUAUCGGCAAUCGGUGGCCGAUCCGAAUCGUUCCCCUGCAAAUUGAGGGACGCGAGCCAUGGCAAGGUGUGCGUCUGCACGGCGGACUACUGUGACUAUCUGGAGAAUCCUGUCCUGACGGACGAGAACGAGUGGUACCUGAUCUCCAGCUCCAAACAGGGCUUGCGAUUCUCCACAACCAGUGAUAAGUUCGGCACAGGGAAGAAAGUCACGGUGCAGGAUUACGUGGAGCAGGCUUCAGAGGCGGCGAAUGAAACUAUAGUGUCCCGGCUGCUCGAUGAUGUGGUGGCCAGUGCCUUUACUUUGCAGUCCCGCGAGAGCUCCAUCACCCGCUCGGUGACCCUGCGAUUGGACCGGACGAAAACCCACCAGAAGAUGGUUGGCUUCGGGGGCAGCUAUACCGGAUCCGUGACCUAUCUGGUGGAUAACUUCAAGAAGUCAGAGCUAGGGGACCACCUCUACAAGUCCUACUACGCGGAGCAGGGAUUGGGCUUCAAUCUGAUGCGCGUACCGAUUGGCGGCUGCGACUUCGAUCUGGAACCCUGGUCCUACGCCCAGGAGGAGGGCAACACCCUGCUCUCUGACAUGGACGAGCUGGACGAGCGCGAUGUGGCGCGAAUGGGGCAGAUCAAGCGCCUCAUCGAGGUGUCCGGCGUGAAGAACCUGCUGGUCAAGGGUACCGCUUGGAGUGCCCCGCCCUGGAUGAAGACCAACAACAGGUGGACCGGAUUCGGACGGCUCAAGAAGCAAUACUACCAGAUCUGGGCCGAUUACCACCUGCGCUGGCUCAAACUGAUGAAGGACAAUGGCAUUCCCAUCUGGGCCAUUUCCACGGGCAAUGAGCCACUGAACGGCAUUUUCUUUAUGUUUUUCGUAAAGUUCAUGAGCAUGGGAUGGACGCCACAGACGCAGGCCGUAUUCCUGAACGAUUAUCUGGGUCCCGCCAUCCGAAACUCCGAGUUCAAGGACAUCAUCCUUUUUGGCAACGAUGACCAACGCUUCACCUUUCCCACCUGGUUUAAAAUGAUGAACCGUACUCGCCCUAACUCGAUCGAUUAUCUAGAUGGAUUAGCAGUGCACUGGUAUUGGGAUGAGAUUUUCGGCAGCAGCUUUAUCGAGCAGACCACCGAGUAUGCGCCCGACAAGAUUUUGAUCGUAUCGGAGUCGUGCAUCGGGGAUAAACCCUGGCAGGCAGCUGCUCCAUUGCUGGGAAGUUGGGAGCGGGCUGAAAAGUACGCCCGUGACUAUCUGCUCAACCUAAAACUGGGCUUCCACGGCUGGAUCGACUGGAACAUAUGUCUGGACGAGGGGGGCGGACCCAAUUAUGUGGACAACUAUGUGGAUGCCCCAGUCAUUGUCAAUACCACAACCUUCGAGGAGUUCUACAAGCAGCCCAUGUUCUAUGCCAUGGGCCAUUUCUCCAAACUGGUUCCGGAGGGAUCCGUUCGUAUAGAUGCCGUGCCCAGUAACGUCAACCUGGAUUCGGUGGCUUUCCAACGGCCGGACAAAAAAAUCGCCGCAGUUCUAUUCAACAGCGGUCGCGCCGAUCUGGACAUUACUCUAGUGGACAGUGUACGGGGCGAGUUCGUCGUCAAUGUUCCCGCCAAGUCCAUUCACACCUUGCUCUACAGCUAAAUGUGUUUUUCGUAGUUAACUACAAAAAUCAGAACAAUUUUAAUAAAAUAAUAAUCUUGAACAAAAUAA